AUGUCGAGAUUGCAUCCCGAGGAAUCAAGGACGUGGGCCCAUUGCGUCAUCAGAAUAUCAACGGUUUACCUGCACACGUUUCUCAUUUGCCUAUUCUUCUUCACCGCUUCCAUUCUGUUUUCAAAUCGCGAUUUGCGUGUUGCCGAAGAUAAUUUCGAUGCCACAUUUUUCGAACAACGCAAGGAUUUUAUCAAUAGCAGCGUUGUGAUGCUCGACGAGCUUAUCGAGGCGCUGAAUCCAAGCCAUCCAUUGAAUCGACUCCACAAACGCGCCUACAUUCGCUACUCAUUCGGCAGCACGUUUUUGAAUCACUGCAAUGUGGUCCCAUACCCGAUUGGCAUCAAUUUCCCCUCACUUUUAAGGAAGUUAUCAUUUUUCGCCGAUUCGCAAGCGUGCCUCCGAGCGGCAACGCUUAUCGCCAUCACAGUGCGGCUAUUCUGCUGCUUCUGUAGAUGCGCUGAUAUUCAGACUCAAGGCCAAUCAAGAGCUUUAUGGAUUCUUUGCAUCAUUUAUCUGAUUUCCGAGUUGAGCACAUCGGUGUUCGGAAUGCUAUUGACGGCAGUACAUGCGGAGAAUGACGAAAAGCUGAACUUUUUGGUUUACAACUCUUUAAUUAUAUAUGGUAUUUCAUUUCUCAUCAGCGCUUCACUCUACACGUUCCUUGAGAAUUUCGACAAUUCGAAACAGCGCACAUGGCUCCGAUCGCGGGUGUUUUGCAUUUUAGUUUUUGGAUUCUGCUUUCCAGAAGUCUUAUCAAACUAUAGCUCAUUUCUCAUUUAUAAACCAUGCAUGGUGUACGUGUCAUGGUACAUCGCUGUUCGCGAAUACGCGUGCAUGGUGGCAAUCGUCACCUUCUACUUGACGCAGUGGGAGGAUUAUAGAAAAUUGGAGUUGGUCAUUUCGACGGAGCGUGUCGAAACUAUGGGAUUUUGGCUGAUGAAUCAUACCGAUUCCUACACGCCGGCAAUGCUCGAAGCGCUUCGACGAAAGCAGCAUCAAUUAAUUGGGCAAAAUCAAUUUCGAAAUGUGAUAUUUGUAUGGUAG